AUGUGCUGGAAGCUGCCCCUCCCAGAUGCUUUCUGCGGGUACGAGGAUUGCUACGUUAGCGCCGACGACCGUCUCACCAUCCUCUGCACCGUUGAGGUCCUCAAGGAGGAGGCCUCCGCUACCGCCGCAGAGCCCACCAAGAGUUUCGUCUCAGCGGUGCCACCACCGACCAUCGCCGGGGAUAUUCACAAGCUACUGCUUCUUCUUGAGAAGAACCCGGAGUCAUCGGACGUGACCUUUGUUGUCGAGGACACCGAGAUCCUGGCGCACAGGCUCGUGCUCGCCAUGCGGUCGCCGGUAUUCGCCGCGGAGCUCCUUGGACACAUGAGGGAGAGCACCACGCGCCGUGUCCAGAUCCACGAUAUGAGUGCCUCCACCUUCAAGGCCAUGCUGCGCUUCAUCUAUAGUGACGAGUUUCCCGUGAAACCAAACAAUGUUGUACAUGUGGAAUCAAGAAGUUGGCGUUCCCUCAAAGAGGAACCCACGCCCAUGAGCCGUCAAUCCAUGGCGCGCGACCUUCUCGUGGCCGCUGAUCGGUAUGAUCUCGAGAGGCUUAGGCUCAUGUGCGAGAGCAUACUGGUCGAGAGCAUCGACAUAACAACUGUCAUGCCGACGUUGCAGCUAGUGCGUGGCCGGCAAAGUUGUCUUCAGCUGGAGGAUUCCUGCAUCGAGUAUAUAGCGGCCGAUCCGGAUGUUUACGCUGCCGUGAGGGCGACUGAGGAGUACAAGGAGCUCAAGGAAACAUGCAGCUCUCUUGUUAUUGAGGUCAAUGAGAGAGUGGCCACUCACAACAUGGCCCGCCACACUAGCUCCCCUUCUCCGUCCUCCAGCAGCCGCCAGCCACCAGAGAAGAGCAUGUCCAUGUUCAACUCGUCGCAGGUGGUCCGCGGCACCCACGAGUUCAGGAUCCCCAAUUUUAGCUCUGUUCAGAGGAGUCAUGGUCCUGGCCAAGUUAUCACUUCCAACAUAUUCAAGCGCCGCCUCCUGCCCGCCGCCGCCACCUGCUGCUCGCGCCGCCACCUGCCGCUCGCGCCGCCCUCCUCCCGUCGCGCCACCCUCCUCCCGUUCCCGACCUCAGGCCCGUGGCCCUCCUCCCGUCCCCGCCCUCCUCCCAUCCCCAUCCUCCGGUCGCUGGCCUCCUCGUCGCGCCCUCACCCUCCUCCUCGCCCCGGCCAUCCUCCCGUCGCCGGCCUCCUCGUCGCGCCGCCCACCUCCUCCUCAACACCCCCGCGCAGUACCCGGCCGGCCUGCAGAUGGGUCCACCUGGUCGGCCCGGGCGGAACAGAUAAGCCGAGGGUGGCCCUCGGCGUAUGGGCGCGACAGGGUAACCCGAGGGUGGCCCUCGGCGUAUCUGGGGAUUUGGAUAACAGAGCACCUGGUCGGCCACGCACACGCGCACGCGUUUUCCUCCUCGCGCUCGCGUUUCCUCCUCCCGCUCGCUUUUCCCCGCUCGCGCCGCCGCCUCCGCCCGCCGCCGCCACCUGCUGCUCGCGCUGCCACCUGCCGCUCGCGCCGCCCUCCUCCCGUCGCGCCACCCUCCUCCCGUUCCCGACCUCGGGCCCGUGGCCCUCCUCCCCGUCCCCGCCCUCCUCCCAUCCCCAUCCUCCGGUCGCUGGCCUCCUCGUCGCGCCCUCACCCCUCCUCCUCGCCCCGGCCAUCCUCCCGUCGCCGGCCUCCUCGUCGCGCCGCCCACCUCCUCCUCAACACCCCCGCGCAGUACCCGGCCGGCCUGCAGAUGGCUAUGCCGUGACCGCCUCGUCGUGA